CUGUUAAUAUGAGCAAAGCGGUCUCAUCCUGCUUUAGCUAAAGACAACAAUUACCCGUUUGAUUCCGGAGAAACCCAAGCAAAAACCCAAAAUGGAGAAGACGACGAUCGGAAAGAGAUUCGUCGGCAAAGUAGCUCUCGUCACCGCUUCUACUCAGGGCAUCGGCUUCGCCAUCGCCGAGCGACUCGGCCUCGAAGGCGCCUCCGUCGUCAUCUCCUCCCGCAAGCAGAAAAACGUGGAUGAAGCGGUUGAUCAACUUAAAGCGCAAGGAAUUGAAGCUUUGGGAGUCGUCUGUCACGUGUCUAAUGAGCAGCAAAGGAAGAAUCUGAUAGACAAGACUGUGCAGAAAUAUGGAAAGAUAGAUGUCGUAGUGUCAAAUGCUGCUGCCAAUCCAUCAGUUGAGAGGAUAUUGCUAACCCAAGAGUCUGUUCUUGACAAGCUAUGGGAAAUAAAUGUCAAAGCUUCUAUACUUCUUCUAAAGGAAGCAGCUCCUCACUUGAAGAAAGGUUCUUCUGUUAUUCUCAUAUCCUCAAUUGCUGGCUUCCAACCACCAGCUUCCAUGGCAAUGUAUGGAGUCACUAAAACAGCCCUUUUUGGGUUAACUAAGGCCCUUGCGGAUGAAAUGGCCCCAGAUACUCGUGUAAAUUGUAUUGCUCCUGGUUUUGUGCCUACAAACUUUGCUUCAUACAUCACAAGAACUGCUGCUGUGAGGAAGGAGCUCGAGGACAAGACGCUACUUAAAAGGCUUGGUACAACUGGAGACAUGGCUGCUACCGCUGCCUUUUUGGCAUCUGAUGAUGCUUCUUACAUUACAGGAGAAACUCUGGUGGUGGCUGGAGGGAUGCCGUCAAGGCUCUAGUAGAGUAGACUAGUUCCCCUCUUUAUCAAUGCUUUCGAAGUUACAUGAACACACUUUAUCAGUGUUGAACCUUGGCGGAAACAUCAAUAAUAUUCAUCAUUAGCAAAUUCAAUAAGUAAAAUGUAGCAAUUUUCAUUUA